CGCAGGCUGAGGCGGUCGCGGCGGCGGCGGCUUGAACGGGCCUGGCGCCGGCGGCGGCGGAAAGUAUCCCACCGGUGGGCUAUGUGAGCGUCGAGGACUUGGCAGCACCAAACAAGAUUUGUGAUGAAAUGGAGCCUGGAACAAACUCUUUUCGAGUAGAAUUUCCUGAUUUUUCCAGCACCAUUCUGCAGAAACUGAACCAGCAGCGCCAGCAAGGACAAUUAUGUGAUGUCUCCAUUGUUGUCCAAGGCCACAUUUUCCGAGCACACAAAGCCGUUCUUGCUGCCAGUUCACCCUACUUUUGUGACCAGGUACUCCUGAAAAACAGCAGGAGGAUUGUUUUGCCUGAUGUGAUGAACCCCAGAGUGUUUGAAAACAUUCUCCUAUCAAGUUACACGGGACGUCUAGUAAUGCCUGCUCCAGAAAUUGUUAGUUACUUAACAGCAGCAAGCUUCCUCCAGAUGUGGCAUGUGGUAGACAAAUGCACUGAGGUUUUAGAAGGAAACCCUACAGUCCUUUGUCAGAAGCUAAAUCAUGGCAGUGACCACCAGUCUCCCAGCAGCAGUAGUUACAAUGGCCUGGUAGAGAGCUUUGAGCUGGGCUCUGGGGGCCAUACGGAUUUCCCCAAAGCCCAGGAACUGAGGGACGGAGAGAAUGAAGAGGAGAGCACCAAAGACGAGCUGUCAUCUCAGCUCACCGAGCAUGAAUACCUUCCUAGCAACUCGUCCACAGAGCAUGAUCGGCUGAGCACUGAGAUGGCGAGCCAGGAUGGGGAGGAGGGGGCCAGCGACAGUGCCGAGUUCCACUACACCCGGCCCAUGUACAGCAAGCCCAGCAUAAUGGCUCACAAACGCUGGAUCCAUGUGAAGCCUGAGCGCUUUGAGCAAGCGUGCGAGGGCAUGGAUGUGCAUGCAUCCUACGAUGAGCACCAGGUCACAGAGUCCAUCAACACCAUGCAGACAGAGCACUCGGUCCAGCCCUCGGGGGUAGAGGAAGACUUUCACAUCGGGGAAAAGAAAGUGGAAGCGGAGUUUGAUGAACAGGCUGAUGAAAGCAAUUAUGACGAGCAGGUGGAUUUCUAUGGCUCUUCCAUGGAAGAGUUUUCCGGAGAGAGGUCGGAUGGGAAUCUCAUUGGGCACAGACAGGAGGCUGCCCUAGCAACAGGCUACAGUGAGAAUAUUGAAAUGGUAACAGGGAUUAAAGAAGAAGCUUCCCACCUGGGAUUCUCAGCCACCGACAAGCUGUAUCCUUGUCAGUGUGGGAAAAGUUUCACUCACAAGAGUCAGAGAGAUCGACACAUGAGCAUGCAUCUUGGUCUUCGGCCUUAUGGUUGUGGUGUCUGUGGUAAGAAAUUCAAAAUGAAGCAUCAUCUCGUGGGCCACAUGAAAAUUCACACAGGCAUAAAGCCAUAUGAGUGUAAUAUCUGUGCAAAGAGAUUUAUGUGGAGGGACAGUUUCCACAGGCAUGUGACUUCUUGUACCAAGUCUUACGAAGCUGCAAAGGCUGAGCAGAAUACGACUGAGGCUAACUAAAAAUAGGAUCUGGCCCUUGAGUGGCAGGCACAGAAAUAAACUAUGGUAAUUAUGCAAAUCUGGGCACAGAUGAUGCGUGCUACUUGCUAUUAUGAGAGAAGCUUAAAAAAAAGGAAGAUAUUUCUGAAAGACCAGCUCUAAGUAGGCCAAUUAAAAAAUCUUAAUUCUUCAAAUUUGUAUGUUCCAGGCCUGGAAUGGGUAAUGGGGAUAAGUCAGCCCACCUCACACCUGGCAAGGUAAACCUUCAGGCCCAUUGUGAAUGAGGCAGGUGGACUUGGUGAUAGAGACACCUGCACUUGGAAUUGGACAACAACCCACCAGUUCCAUUUCAGGUGGCAGCAGUUUUUGAUCACUCAUGAUUACAAGGUCAUAUUGGAAUUUUAUUUUGCUCUUACUAUAGAUACUUAGGUAA